CCAUAGCCUUGAGCUGUGGCACUUAAAAGUGGUGUCAAACUGGAUUAUUUUUACCAUACAGAUGCAUUAGUUGACAACAUCUUUCUCUUUUGCCUUCUCUUCCUUAUUUAGCCCAAGAGGAAGGAAAUUUCCCCCUCCGGUCGGUCCGAGAAAUGGGGAGACGCCAGUUUUUGGAGGUUGCGGCACAGAGGUUGGCGCACACCUGCCCAGCGCAAGCACGCUUUUUGUUAUGGACACUGAGCAACACAGAAGGCAAGAAACAGGAUAAUAUAGACCGGGUAUGCUCUUUCUGCCACCAGUUUCUUCUUCCUGGUAAUUACAGGGUCCGUCUAAUGCCCAAAAUGAAAGUAACUCCAUGGAUAAAGAAAUUACUUCACCGGGAAAGGAAAAACUAUAGACUCAAUUUUAAACAAGCAAAACUAUUGAAAACGUACAAAGAAUCAAAGAAUGUCCUGUUAAUUACCUGCAAGGUGUGUGGAAAAACAGCAAGACAUAAAGGAAGCAGUAGGAGAACACUGUUGAACAAAACUACACCUUCCAACCACAGUAGUUCUGGAUCGAAAAGCGGGACUCCAUUCUCAAGUCCUAGAAUUUCCACAUCUGGACAAUCAACUCCUCGCUCCUCCUCCAGAACGCCUAAAAAUGCCAAAGAUCACGUCACUCAAUUGAAAAGACUGCUUAGCCUUGAAGAAGAUAAACAAAGUGAUAAGAAGGGCCUGAAAAACUUCUUGCUAUCACUUUGAAAUCUUUACAUCAUUAAUAAGUCAUAAUUAAUAUGUCAUUAAAGGAGCUUAUCACUAGUUGUUAAUAAAGAUUGUGUCAUGAUGUUGUUAUGCGCCUUCAAGUCAUUUCUGACUUAAGGCAAACUUAAGGGGUUUUCUUGGCAAGAUUUGCCAUUGGUUUCCCCCAAGGUUGAGAGCAUGUGACGUGGAGAAAAAUAUAUAGCUAGCAUUACUCUAUAACAGACUUUUUGACUUUUUCUGUAUCCCUCUCCUGCCAUUGCUAACAUAUGAAUGACUUUUAUUUACCAAGGAGGAAAGGGGAGCUUGGCUCUUCUUUUUAUUGCUUCCACAAUUGCUUAUAUAUUUGCUCUGUUUAUUUAAAUUUAUUAAGAAUAUAUAAGACUGA